AUGGUGACCAUCAAGAAUCCAACGGAAAACGAUUUUGUGGCCAAAACCGUGAAUGACAUAUCCAAGAAAAAUGUCUUCCUUGGUACCAAGUACAACUCAGCGUCAGAAAUGUUUGAGUGGCUUGAUGGAUCGGAGUUCAGUUAUAAAAACUGGGCUUCGUCGCAAGGUCCCACCGUAGGGGAGUCCAAAGGGAAAUGCGCACGGUUGCGCUCCUCCGAUGGGAAAUGGUUCAACAGGAAAUGUGCGAAAACAGGAAACGUCAUCUGUGAGGCGCCUGCAGGAGACCAGAGAUUAAACAAUAGCACCGGAAACAACGACACUGGAAACAACGACACCGGAAACAACGACACCGCAAACAACGACACCGGAAACAACGACACCGGAAACAACGACACCGCAAACAACGACAUGGGGAACAACAACAUGGGGAACAACGACACCGGAAACAACGACACCGGAAACAACGACAUGGGGAACAACGACACCGGAAACAACGACACUGGAAACAACGACACCGCAAACAACGACACCGGAAACAACGACACCGGAAACAACGACACCGCAAACAACGACAUGGGGAACAACAACAUGGGGAACAACGACACCGGAAACAACAACAUGGGGAACAACGACACCGCAAACAACGACACCGGAAACAACAACACCGGAAACAACGACACUGGAAACAACGACACCGGAAACAACGACACCGGAAACAACGACACUUGA